AUGGACGAAGCCCCUGCUCCCGAAGCGGAGGCGCAGCCUGGGCAGCCGACUGCUGAAGUGGAUGCGGAGCCUGCUGCCGCCAAAGAAGAAGCCCCGCCAGCUGCAGAGCCGGUUGCGGCGCCGGAGCCGAAGAAGCGCGGCAGAGGCAGGCCACCAGGCAGCAAGAACAAGCCCAAGCCUCCCCCGCCCGCCGUCGACGUUGCCCCCGUACGCGCUCCAUCUCCUGUUCCCGCCCCUGUAGAAGAACCAGAGCAGGCUCCAGAGCCCGAGCCAACGCCGGCCAUGAUGAGGGCCAUGCGCCAGGUGUCGCGAACCAUGCAGAGCAUCGAGCCGCGCAACGAGCAGCUGAUGCUGCGUCAGUUCUGGAAGAAGUACCCCACCUACAACCUGAACGCGCUGAUGCGCAAGCGCUACGAGGAGCUCGUGGACGCCAAGGCGUUCAACGAGUGGCUCCAGAAUCGCCAGCUGAAGCGGCAGGGCGAGGAGUACGCCGACGCCAUGGGCAGAAUGACCGAGACGGUCAACCGCAGGGUCCCCCAGCUCCGAUGGGCGGGCGCAGAGCGGCGGCAGGUCCUCCGAGCCGCCCAGCAGGUGCUGGACUACAUCGAGGAAGGCGAGCCCCUGAAGCUCUCCCUGCCGGACAGGCGCGUCAGCACCUAUGUGCAGAGCCACUACUACCUGGACGACUUCCCUCAAUCCACAGAGCCGCUGGACGAGAACCCGAGACCACACACGCAGCUGGGUGCGCAGCUCGAGGAUGAUUACGUCAGCGCCGACGACGGCUACCAGGGCAGACCCUUCCCGCAACUAUACUUCUUGGGCCCAGGUCCGGACACGGACAGCGAGAGCGGACCCGACGAAGCUUUCCGACGCGAUGGCUUCGAC